AUGAUAAGCUUGGCUACGGGCGUACUGCACAGGGCAAGGACUGUUGGCCACAAGUUCUUCCACCGACUUGGAAUUCACUGCGCGACGCACCAAAUCCGGCUCAUCCUCAUUUCAUGUCUCGUCAUUACCUCGCUCUUCUACCCUGCCCUCGCGCUCUACUCUUCCUCCCAGCCGCAGUACAUCUCCCACUACUCCUCCCGUCUCAUCGACUCCUUUCUUGCCGCAUCGGGAGCAUCCGCACGAUAUGCUCAGCAAGACUUGCACGCCCCGUGGGCCGCGCACGACGCGCUGCGCGUGCGAGACGACGGCGUCACACGCGCCAGGUGCGGCCGGGACCAGACGCUGCGGAUGGAACGCCUGUUCGUGCAUAGCACCGCGAUGGAGGAACGCGGAGCGCUCAGCCGGCCGCUGCUCUCGUCUGCGUUGAAGCUCGAACGGAGGCUCGCUGCCAAACUGCUAGAACGCAAGUUGUCGUGUUUGAAGGACAACGCCGGACACUGCAUCACCUUUAGUCCAUGGGCAUUUUGGGUGUACGAUGAAGCACUCCUUGCCAGUGACCCGGGAUUCAGAUAUCUUCUAGCCCCCACAAGGAACAUUUCUAUCGCGGGUAUUUCAGUGACGCCCCGUAUGGUCCUCGCUGGGCGCGAUGAGGAGGGAGCCGACUCCGCAAUAGAGUUUUCGUCCUUCCUAGCGCUCACCUACCUUUUCGAGGAAACCAGUUGCGCAGACAGCUCGGGCCACACAGCGUGGCUGCAUGUGCUGAAGGAGGUUGCGACGCCCGACGUCGAUUUUGUGGUUGAAGAGCAAGAGCCCAUGUUGAUGGCCUUGGAGUAUGAUCCACGGUCUACCGGCGCCUCGGGAGUGUCCGUCCUCACCGUCUUCAUCUAUAUUGCCUACAUCGUCUUCUUCUUCUGGUUUUCCGGUUCGAUGCGUCGCAUCGCGACCGUGCACUCCCGCAUCGGACUCGCGUUCACGGGCUUAGUCGAGAUCGCUGUCAGUACCUUGACGAGUUUAAGCGUCGUAGCCUUGGCCGGCUUCAAGAUUACGAUGAUCCCGUGGCAGAUAUUCCCCGUUGUCAUUGUUUUCGUCGGCGCCGAGAACAUGUUCAAUCUGGUGGACGCGGUGGGAAAGACCUCCAUCACCCUUCCGAUGAAAGAACGCAUCGCCGAAGGGCUCUCGAAAGCCGGCACCUCCAACACGCUCAAGGUCGUCACCUACAACUCCAUCCUCGGCACCAUCGCUGCCUUCUCUUACGGCGCUAUCCGCCAAUUCUGCGCGUUCGCGGUCGUGGUGCUCGUCGCGCACUGGUUCUUGGUGCACACGUUCUUCAUCACCGUGGUCUCGAUCGAUAUGCAGCGUCUGGAGCUGGAGGAGUUGCUUCAACAGAAUAGCUUUAAUCCUGUUCCGGUCGUGGGUACAACCAAAGCAGCCCCUCAGACCUCUGCAACACGGUGGAGCCGCCUCCGUCACUUCGUCCAGGCUCACCUCCGGGGUCGUGCCGGCAAGAAUGUCAGCUUGUUCCUCCUACUUGCUGUAACCGCAGCGCUAUAUUACUCCACCUCCGCCACCCUUGACACCGAGCGUCUCGACCCGCUCACCAGCCCUGGCAGUGCCGCGGGGCGCGCGCGCGUCCUGACCACGCUCGCCGAGCGCGACUCUCCUGCGUGGCAGACCUGGAACGUAUUCAAUCCGACGCACGACCCGCUUGUGCACAUUCGGAUGGAGUCGCCCAUCGUUGUCAGGUUCCGCCCGGAUGCGGACGCGCGCUCGGGGGUAGCGGUGGGAGCGAACGUUUCUCGAACGUAUACCUCGCGCUUCACGAUGCGAACCCUUCGGGCCGUCGUGUGGCUGCUGAACAUAUUCGUGCUGCCGAUAGCGGCAACCACCACCGCCCUGUACGGCCUGUGCCUGUACUUGCUCAAGGACACCGAGCGACUGGAAGCGCAGAAAUAUCGCACAGAUCAGUCGUCCUCCUACGCCUCGGCGAGUGCCCAAGGCGCGGCGUGGCUCCAAGAAUGCGUCUCGCUCACCACCCUUCCACGCGCUUUCCCAUCUGACGUCGAGCUGAUUGCUGCCAGCGAGGAUGGGUCUGUCGUUGCCUCCGUGGGACUCCAGAAUGAGGUCGCCGUGUGGCGAUUGGACAGCCAGCAUGGCCCGGUUGCGGUGGACGUCAUCGGUGCGCUCUCGAGAAGCCCGGGUGGCUCCGGUACCUCGCUCACUGUUACCGCCAUGGCUGUCAACCCCGAAGGCAGCCUGUUAGCGGUGGGCACGGCCGGAGGUGUGGGCGCGGUAUGGGCAUUGGGUAAAACGGCUGUGUUGGUGGCGGGGCCGUUCACGCUUGGGUCGUCGAUGUCUUCCGUCGCCGAACUGCGUUUCCUGCGUGAUUCGGGUGGAGCUGGCGAGGAUCCGAUAUCUACCUACCUCGUGGUCGCCUACCGCGCGGGGACCGUUGUGCGCUGGGACCUCAGGGCGCCAUCGAAGCCCGCGGUGUUUACGCCGUCCAUUCCGGAAUUGUGCUCGAAGGUCGCGCUCGUGCCAAUCGCAGGCGAUGUCCACUUCCUCGCGAGCUUUCUGCGCGAGGACGGCGUGGUUGAGCUUUCGGACACGUCGCCAGAUCGGGUCGCGCUUGCGAAGGACGUAGCGCUGCAGGCGGGCAACCUCGCCGACCCGGUCUCGCAGGUGCAUGGCGCGUUGGUCGAGGUUGAAGGCGAGCAGCGGCUCGUUAUCGCGGCGGCCACGCACGAAGGCGUCGUAUCUGUGUGGGACGGUUAUACCGAGGAAUGCAUCGCGAUGCUCGAUCACGCGUACGGGGAUAUCAACGAGUUACGGAUAUGGCCCGCGGUGCGCAAGGCGUGCAAUCAUUGUGGCGAGGUGCUUCCGGACGUGUUCACCCUCUCUUUUUCGGCCGGCAACGUGGUCACAGUAUAUCGCGCAUUCGUCCACGGCGUGGUGCGCUACUGCUCGUGUGCGAGACCAGAGCAGUAUGUCGCAGCGUCGUCCACGAAGACCCUCGCGAAACGCGGUUCGAGGAACGGACUCACCGCGUCCGGCCCUCCGACACCCUUGGACAGGUCACGAAGAUCCUCCAUAUCGGGGCAUGUCGGGGACGGGUUCCCAUUUCCCGUCUCCAACCACGGCGUUCAUUCAAGACGAGGUUCGGAGAAGGAUGCGUACCGGAACCGUGGUCAGGUGGACAUGCUUGCCGUGCCUCCAGAUAGCGAAGACCAGGAAACCAACUUCUUCACACCAGUAGACAAUGCCGCGACCUGGAAUGGGGCCAAGAAUACUUUCUGGGGACACGUCAACGUGACCCGAAUCGCUCAUGCCACGUUCGAGCGGGGCAGCUGGGACGUCUCGGAGGGCAAGCUAGUCGGCCUGCGGCGCCGGCCUCGCGAGAGAAGCAGUAGCAGAAGCAGCAACAGCAUAUUCGCCUCACCGAAGUCGAAGCCUCCAUCCCCCAUUAAACCUUCGACUGCGGGGUUAGCGCCCGCCACGCUCGAUCGAUGGGAGCUGUGGUUCUACGAUCCGGCGCAGUCCAGGCUGCAGGCCUCUUCUCUAUCCGCGCUAGGCCCUGACAAUCCUCCCUCCCCUACCUCGCGACCUUCGCGAAGGAGCGCGGACCGCAGACAGACCGCGCACGGUCGCCCGGACGAGCGCGAGGUCCCUCGCCUCCCGUUCACCAAGGUGUCGACCUUCCUCAGCGGACGGACCUUCUGCCUCGCCGGUCUUGGCAACACUGUCGCGUGCUUUCAAUACUCAUCUAAACCAGUGCAAUAG